GGAAAUUGUGUUGUACACGCAAUCAAUCUGCAGUCUGCGGCGAUUGCUCAUAAGUUCAUAUCAUUGAUUUCCUAGAAAUGAAAAUGAUGCAAUUAGUGUUUCACUUCUUCAGUGUUUUCUUUUAAUCAAGGUUUGUAUGAAUGAUUGUGCAUCAAAGCAGAUGGACAACAAACCGGGCAAACCAGUCUUCGAUACCGUCCGUGUAGGAACAAUUCUUUCGACUUUUUGAUCGUCUCUGCAGCAUCCCCCACCCACCACCUCUCUCUGUUUAUUCAUCAGCAGAACAGACAUCAAUUGUCGUCGCCUUUUACAUUGAUUGUUGUGACUCGCACAACCAACAUUGACAAUGAGUAAACGAGUCAGCACAACAGCUACAGCCAGAUUGAAGCAAGAUUACAUGAGAAUAAAGAAAGAUCCAGUGCCUUAUGUUACAGCUUCACCACUCUCAUCAAAUAUACUUGAAUGGCAUUAUGUGGUAAGAGGACCAGAAGGAACACCUUAUGAAGGAGGGCUUUAUCAUGGCAAACUAGUCUUCCCAAGAGAAUUCCCAUUUAAACCUCCAAGUAUCUACAUGAUAACACCCAAUGGAAGAUUCAAGUGUAACACAAGGUUAUGUUUGUCAAUAAGUGACUUUCAUCCAGAUACAUGGAACCCAGCAUGGUCUGUGUCUACUAUUCUUACUGGACUCCUAAGCUUCAUGGUAGAAAAGAAUCCUACAUUGGGUAGCAUAGAAACAUCAGAUUACACAAAAAGACAGUUGAGUGUCCAGAGUGGCCCAUUUAACCUGAACAACCAAACAUUCUGUGAGUUGUUUCCGGAUAUUGCUGAGGAAGUAAGAGCAACCAUUCGACGGAGAGAAGAGGAAAUCAGAGCCAGUACAGAAUCCUCCUCAAUACCUGGUCAUUCAUCAAGGCAAGCAAACACUGUAGACGGUCAACUACCACUAGGUCAUCAAGGACCACAAGGCAUUGUAGGAAGUACACUAGCCAAUGUACUGGUCAUUGUUGGCUUUGCUGCAUUUGCAUAUACUGUCAAGUAUGUAUUGAAGAGCAUAGCACAUACCCAGGAAUAAGGUACACAUCAGACUGUAAGCUUGUCCUAGUUAUUGGUUUGUACAGACAUUGAACUUGACAAAGAUUACCGGGGAAAUGAGAGAAGCCUUUGUGUCCCUGGUUGUUUCCUUUUUGCCUUUGAAAGGUUUUUUCCAUCAAUUGACCCAAUUCAACUAUUUUCAUCAUCACAAUAAUCUUGGUUGCACUAUUUUAGGAGUCAAUGCCCCUUUGUCUAUACAUUGUAGUGCACAUUUUAGUUGACGCGACAUUGAUUCACUUACCAUACUUUUACCUGCAGUUUGGCACUCCGAAAUGGCAAGCAUAACGACAGAAGUCGUGUCACAUUGGGGUAAGGGGUCAAUAGACUCUCUGAUAGUCAUAUGGGUGUGCCAUUUUAUUGAAAAGAAUUCUUGGCCUGGGCAACUAUUUGCCAUUCAUAGGGGUCCACAUUGGUAGCUGUGACUGUUGCUAUAGUGCAGCCUAUGCAACAUCCUGAAUAACCCGGUGAUUGAGAUUUUGUUGUAACUGCCGUGUAAUCUACAAUGCAUGUGGUUGAGUCUGACCUUUUUCUCUUGCACAAAUUUUGCAGGGAAAAUAUUUUCCUAUAGGUUUAUAAAAUUGCAUUGUUUUUUUGCUUUUUAUUCAAACUAUCGAACCUUGGCAACUUUACCCAAGAUGAUUUUAGAUGAAGGUACAUGUACAUACUACAAUCACGUUAUAGAAAAAUGCUUAGCUAGUGUGAAAGCACUCGCUUAUAAAAAAUGUGGCUUUAGUGUUUGUUUUGGUUUUGGUGUUGUUUUUUUUUCACACUCAACAAAGGUUGGUUUAUAUGAAGCCUGGUGCUGCAUGGGUACAAGCAAAAUUGGGUUUAAGAUAAUAUAUAUAGUCUGUGUCUCUGUGACCUGAUUCUUUGGGAGUAUGUUUUAAAAUUCUGCUUAUGUUUUUUUUGGUUUUUUUUGCAAACAUACAUUUUUUAUUUGUUGGAAAAAUGCGUUUCUUUUUUAGUAAUUAUAGUAUUAGUUCUACGCUUACACCGAUUUGUGAUGAGAUGAGCACUAUGAACUGUGGGGGUAAAGCCACAGACAUUAGUGAGAUUCGAACCAUUGACCUGCACCAUUCUAGAGCAGUGUCUGGCAUGUUACUCGGGUGGGAUUCGAUCCCACGACCCUUUCAAUUUUAGAGCAGUG